GGCGCCGCAGCAGGACCCCGCUGGCCGCGGCGGCUGUCCCCUUGCAAGGCUCCGACGCCGAGGCGGAGCUCGCGGGGGAGGUCCCCGCGCGCAGCAGCUUCAAGCCGGAGGAUCUGAUCGCCGCCUGCCGCGAGGGCAACGCGUCCACCGUCCGGGCCUUCAUCCUGGAACGGUCCCGCGGCAACGCCGGCAUCGUCGACGCGGAGGACGCCCUCUUCGACAUAUACGGCGACUCCGUGCUCCACCACGCCGUGAGGAGCGGGGACCUGCAAGUGGUCAAGACGCUUCUGGACCUGGGCAAGCUGCCCGCGGACAUCCCCAACGCCCGGAACGAGACAGCCCUGCUGCUCGCGUC